AUGAGUGAGAUAAAGUGGCCUGUUCCGCAGGAACAGGAAUCUUUGCCCCAAUUAGACAAAGAAUUUGUGGAAUCCACACAAAACUUCAUUUCGGAGCUCAGCAGCUCCAUAGUUGGAUAUCAGACUCCGACAAUGGACUAUUGCCACGACUCUAAUGGUAUAAUUGCAUUGUUGAAUUUGCUUGAAAAUGUGCGCAGUAUGACUAUUCAGUUCGAGCCCAUCCGUGACACAUUACAGCGCUUUGGCAACAAGGCAUUCAAACAUUUAAUUAACCAUCUAGAGCAAAAUGUUGAAGCACUAUUGGCGCCUAUUAUUAAAUUAUCUGAUAAUAUUUCGGAAAGCACGCUAAGAGAAGACUUAAGGAGGUAUUUAAUCAAGUGUUUUGGCAACAAGACGAGACUUGACUAUGGGACCGGUCAUGAACUAUCUUUCGCUUGUCUUGUGAAAACCCUAUAUCAACAUGGCAUUUUGGGUGGGGACGAUCGCAGAGAUGUUGUAUUAUUUGUGUUCCAACGCUAUUUCAAACUAGUGCGGCAUUUAAUUGAACUUUACAACCUCGAACCAGCAGGGAGCAAAGGUGUUUGGGGUCUGGACGACUAUCAAUUUUUACCCUUCAUAUUUGGAGCAGCUCAGCUGCAAAUACAAUCAAGCAUCACCCCCGAGCAGGCAAUUGAGCGCCCUAUCAUUGAGAUGUACAAAGACGCAUACAUUUACAUCGAAGCGUUGGGGUAUAUUACAGCUUGUAAGCGCAGUGUGCCAUUUUAUGAAUGUUCUCCCAUGCUAUACGACAUUUCCGGGAUCAAGUCCUGGAAGAAGAUAUAUGUAGGGCUCCUCAACAUGUACCGAGAUCACGUAUUGUCUCGGAAUAUAGUGAUCAAUGAGAUUAACUCUGGGAAGGAUUAA